GGCCACGGGCCUCCUGUCCCAGCAGUGGCCGAUCAACACAACUUGUGGCUCCCAGAAGCAGACACUCCAACUUUCAGCAGCGGGCGGACAAAGCUGCUCGCCCCGAGGUCCCGGCAGGUCAGACAGAACGUGCCCAAGGUUUCGGGCGGUCGGACAGAACACGGCGGGGCCGCCACACGGCGGGACGCGCUCCGCCAUGUUCCGCGGAGAAGUUUACGAAGCAAGCCCCCGGACUGCUGGCACAAACUCGGACGUUCGUGCCCGUCCUCGCCUCCGCCAGCACCCGAGCGCAGGGCUGCGGCAUUAAGCAACUAUGUAUAUUCUAUACUAUUCCCCUCGAGGGAAGCGGCGCUCCGCGCCGCACAACGUCAGAAAUGCAAAAAGAGAUUCACAGAAGGCCAAGCAGGAAGAAACUCAGAAGAAAAAAGGACGUGGCAGGCGGCCACUGCUGAGCAAGCCUGUGGAUGAUGUGUACUUGACGUGGUACUACAAGCGACCAUCCUACAAUGUAGAAGAAGCUGUGGGUAUGUUAAAGAAAUUUCAGGAACUGGACUUCACCUACCCAAAACAGUUUGUGUAUAUUAAUGUGACCCUAGAUAUGGAACUACCAAAGAAGAAAAAGGUGGAUCAGUUUGCAAGCAUUGUUCUUCUUCCAUACCGCUUUACAGAUGAAACGAAUAAGGUCUUGGUUUUCACAGAGAAUGAGCAAGAAGCUGAAAUAGCUCGAGAGAAUGGAGCUGCUGUUGUGGGAGGUGUUGAAUUAAUCAAAUGGAUUUUGGAAGAUGAAAUUCAAAUGGAUUUCUACAUAGCUGUUCCUGCAAUAAUACCUAAGCUGAUCCCAUUGAGGAACAAGCUAAAACGAAAAUACCCCAGCACGAGAAGAAAUUCCCUGGGCCAUGAUAUUCCCAAAAUGCUACAGUUCUUCAGGGAAGGUCUUGAGUACACGGUCCAAGAUGAGCGUCUAAUCAAGACGAGGAUAGCAAGACUGGAUAUGCCUACUGAACAGAUAGUUGCCAAUCUAAAAACAAUUAUUGAGGAUAUCUGCAAGUUCAAACCAUCAAGUGCUGGUCCCUUUGUGAAGAAGCUGGUUAUUAGAUCUUCAACCAGUGAGGGCUUACUAUUGAACCUUGAUGGACUUCUCCCUGAGGCAGAGAAAGUAGAAGAAAAGGAAGAAGAACCCGCAGAAGAUGAUGAUGAAGAAAAACCUGUCCAAGAAUCUAUUAGUACCUGAUGCCUUUCUUUGUGCAUCUGAUGAUCAAGCUUGGAAAGCAAAUGGUGUCAUUCAAAUCAUAUUCUGUGAAAAGGAUUAAAAAAAAUAAAUCUGUGACUUCCACUUUUUAAAA